AUGCCUCAAGAUUUGCUCCCGCCAAGUACGAGCUUGUGCACUUCACCAGAGACCCAACAGCGAACAGCACAUGCUCUCCGCCUGCCGCAUACCAAGGUGAAAGCAUCCCCGUCGUGCAAGUACCUAGGUGUCCACAUGAACACUAGAUCGCGCUGGGACUAUCCGAGAAAAGCUAGAAGCGGGAGCCACCGCACGACUGGCUGCUCUCUCGGCCUUGGCAUCCUCAUCAUGGGGCACAGGGCUCACGAACCUACGACAAGUAUACAGAGCAUGAUUGUACCGCAGAUGCUGUACGGAUGUUCAGCAUGGUUCAUUCCGGGCUCAGGAUACACAAGUCGUGGGAGCUCCAUGAUUAGCGCUAUUCGAAAUGUGCAACGCCGCGCUGCGCAAAUCAUCACGGGCGCUUUCCGUACGACAGCGGGCAGCGCAGUCGACGUCGAAGCCCACCUGCUGCCAGUGGGUCAACAGCUUGAGCAGACAGCGGUUGAGACGACAAUGCGCAUCAGAAGCACGCCACUUUUCGACGACAUGGCUGUGAUUGAAGGAAGUCAAUUCGGUGUCCAACUGAACCAACUAGAGAAGCGGAAAUCACACGUUGUGCCGCCUUGGUGGGCACCACCGGAUGUCAGCAUAGCCAAAACGGCUGCAGAUGCAAUUAAAGGGCAUAAUGCCAUGGAACUGGGCGCAAUCCGUAUCUUUACUGACGGAAGUGGGGCAUCUAGUGAGAACGUGGACGCGCCGCGCGCCCUAUGGGGCCCCACUAAGCGGCAACAAGCUCUAGCCGGUGUGAAGAUCAAUGGAGCACCACGUUGCUCCAAUGUCUUGUUAUCGACCCAACCAAAGAAGACCUGUGUCCCGAAAACAUGCUACUGA